CCACAGCUAUGCGCACAUCUUCCCCAACCUAGCCGAAAUUUCCCGCUCGUAUUCGGGAACGCGCGAAAUCGCGGCGCGAAUUUUAAAAAACGAAUUCGAUUUUGACAUUUGAACUUUUUUUAGGGGACACAAAAAUUUGGCGUUGGCGAAUUUUGGUAAAUUGAGUGCUGGUGUAUAAGUGCGUUUUGCAUAUAGCUUUUAAACAUUUUUAUUUCGUUUAUGUGCAGUGUGCGAACAUGUUCAUGUGAAGUGUAUUUAUUUUGUGCUCAUUUACUUUUUGGAUUUUUUUUGCUCCGGAAUUUUUUGGUGCAACAUGGGAACAGUGAUAACGGACAGCAGGGUGACAAGAUAUUAAAUGUAAUUUCUCGCAUUAAUAUACAGUUGGAUAGAAUAAAGAUGCUGGGGUGUGGUGAAAAGAGAGUAUCGGAGUGCGUGUACGUUAGUUCGGCGAACGACAGCCGCUGCCUGGAUAAGUAGGGACGGGGAUCGAGGAAGCAGUGCUAGUCAAUAGCUAGGGAUAGUUACCAUUACAUUAGUGCCACCUCGGAGUGGUAUGCUUUGUAUUGUAUUUGGUAUCGACUGCGCGCUGUCUGGUCGCUACGUAACGUGGCUUCCCAGCGCGCGACUCCAGUGCUGGAUGCUACUAACUGUAUACACGUUACCACAGCUUGCCGUCUCUGCGAAGAUAUUGUGCCUCCUGAUGGUGGUGAUCUGCGGUGCGGUGCCAUCGAUGGUCCGGUCGGUUCGUCUCUACAGCAAGUGUUCACACAUGUAUGUCAACGUGUUCCCAAACGGCACUGUCAUGGCCCGCUCCGAUGGAAACGACCAGCCGAAUCUCACGAUCAGCACACGCGGCUUAAGCCUGGACCUGCUCAUACACUCGCCGGUGCAAGACAUGUACCUGUGCUUCAAUCGGUCGCGACUGGUCGGCAGGAGGCUGACGAGAUUUCAAGCCGAGAGACAACCGAACUGCCUAUUCAAAGAAGAGUUUGUGGACGGCUACAGCAGAUACCAUCUCGUGAAGAACGAAGACCGGUACAUAGGAUUCAACAGGCGAGGCGCGCAGAUGCGGCGCGGCAAGCGGAACCUCCCCGAGGGCCAGCACAAGUGCUUCUCGCUGCUGAAGGAGGCGCACGACUUCGACAUCGGCCGGCACAACACGGUGCUGGCCGGCUCGCUGCCCAAGUGGCGCCCGCAGCGUAGGCUCCGGCCGCCCGCGCAGAACUCCAUCAAGCCGCCGUGCCACGUGCGCCACCACCACGGCCGGCCGCAGCGGCGACGGAACUGCGAGGGCACGUAGGCGGCUCUCGCUCGCGACUCAUUUGCGCUUCAACGCUUCGCGCGUUUCGUUGCCAGCUGUCGAUGGACAUUGUGAGUGGACAGAGUAUUAGUCAACUACCGCAGUAUUAUUACAGUGACGAGGACUGGAUAGUGUUAGGUUAGCGCGGCCGCGGCGUCGCGAACGCCGCACGGAUGGUAGCCGAACCGAGAGACAGAGCAAACAUUGGACGGGGAGAAAAAAGCCGAGCCGGGCCCGCGUCUGGAGCUGUGAAAUUCCUUAAGGUCGUGUAACAUCGUGGCGUUUGCUCUUCUGCCUGCGCUCUUGCGCUCCGAGAGAAAAAAGGCUUUCUGUACGGAGAGCAAAUAGUAGUCUCCCUAGUCACGAGUCUUCCGACAGACCACCGCUGAACUUGUAGCUUACACGCGAGGUAUAUCGGCCGCGUCGUCAUUAGUACGUGUCAAAAUGUAAUUUUCCCUUUCAUGCGCCGAACGGUUUGAUAAGGCCGAGUUCUACGAACCUCGAUCACUCGGCUGGCUCGCCAUAAUGUACUUACAGCGCCUUUAUGUCAAUUCUCAGUGUAUUAUUAUUUAAAUGCUUUACUCUUUUACGUAUGAAUCGUGUUAUCCGCUUGUAAAUAUACUAAUAUGUUCACUUAUUUAUCGAAAACUUAAAUGGAAACUUGUAACGUAGGUGUUAGAUGUAAAAUUGUUUUUAAAUGUUUUGUAUUUAAUCCGAUGGCUCUCUUGUGUUUGUCACAAUCGAACUAAAAUUCUUCUGUAACUACGAACAUCUUCCUUUAUGUUUUCAAUUUAAUUGUAAUGUAUGAAAUGAAUUAUGUGUAUGAUUUUGAACGUUUUGUAUAUAUUAUUUUAAGUGUUUGUAUGUGAGUGAUAGGUUUUUGAAUCUCUUUUGACAUUUUCUGCAGAGGACUCUCGAUAAUUUGAAAAAUAACUAAUAAGCAAUCACUGCAUUAAUAUCUUCAUGAAAAUACUUAUAAGCUAGUAUGUUUUAAUCGUUUCAAUUUUGUAAGAAAAUCAUAAAAUCAAACGAUCCCAAACAUGUAUACGAAAUCGAAAGAUGAAUUCAUAAAAAAAGCCUUCAUUCAAAUUAUCGAGGUUCAAUGCUUUCAUACGAUGACUAUUGUAAUAUUGUAAAAAUAUAAUUUUACCAUAAAAAAUAUUGGAUAAUAAAGUCAUCCUAACAAAUAUCGAAGCGAAAUUUUGUAAUAGACAUUGUAAUUUUAAUAUUUUAAGAUCUGUGCCAUAGUGUGGUGGCAGUGCACGAUUUGUGUUCUUAUUUAGUGGGUUAAGUUUGUAUGUAAUUAUGCGUAGAUAAAGUAUUUAACUUAUAGGAAAGAUGAUUUAAAACAUUAGUGUAACGCCCAGUGUCUAUUCAAUUAUUUAUGAAUGUAUUUACUGAAUAUUAAUGGUUGCUGUCACCAUAAUGUGUGGAAUACAAUCGAUGUUAGACGUUCCGUAACGUGUACAACGUGUAACAGAAAUUACAUAACUACACGAUGGUAAAUUUAAUUAAAUACAAUAAAAUGCUUGGACAGGAUAACUAGUUGCAUAUUUUAGUAUUGCAUUAUUCCCAUUAUUGGAGGAAAGUGUGGAUAUAAUACGAAACACUAUUAUUCUACACACGUAAUCAAAAUUCUACGCACACAGUGAUACGGUGUGAAUUGUGAUAGCUUUACAAUGUAGGGUGUCUAUAUUAUGUUACAUCUUUCGGAAACUUUUUAUUUAACAAGUCUCAGCGUAUGUAAAUCCUGUUACAUAUUGUAUAUUAUGUACUAUUAUUAUGUAUAUUCAUAGUCGACAAUACAUGUAAAAGACGUAGAAACAUUCCAACUAUUAAAAUGUUAGUUUACGUGAUGCGCUUAUACACAAAGUUAUAUUACUGUUUAAAAUGUAUCGCCGUGUCUAUAUUUAUAAUUAUUCAGAUGCUGAAAACGAAAUUACAUAAUUGCUAAGAAAAUUACGAAAUUAAAUCAUAUUUAACUCGCA